AUGCCUGUUCUAAUUUUGUUAAAUGAUGCUAAAAAAUUACUAUCGUGUUUAACGAAAAAUUUUUCAUUUUUUGAUAUUGAAAUACACGAAAAUGAGUUCAAUGAAACAAAAAGUAUAUUAUCAAACAUGUCUCAUAAUAAAUUAUAUAUUCUACUGAACUGUGAUUUAAAACCAUCUAGAUAUGAAAUAUAUUGUUUAGUAAAAAAACAAGAAUGUGGAUAUUGUAUUAUCAGUUCUGUACAGCUUAGUGAGGCAAAACAUGAUAAUCCACAUGUUGUUAUAGAAGAAGGGGAAAUAGAUUUAAACAUAAUUAAUGAGAUUACUAAAUAUUUAAAUACAAAUUUACAUGCUACUACCGCACAUAAAAGAAUGACUGUUAAUAAUAAUAAUUAUCUUAGUACAGUUAAAAAUAUUAUUAAUAGAAUUAAUAUAGAGAAUAAGGAUCUUUUAGAUUCAAUAAAGAAAGAUUGUGAAUAUAAAUUGCUUAAGAUGUUAAAUUUAAACAAAAUAGAAGUAAAUGAGGUAGAAAGGUUAUAUAAAAAAAUGUUAGAAGAGAACAGUAAUUAG